AUGGUCCUCGUCCACCUGCUCCGGGUCAUUACCACCACAAUCAACAAUACGUGCAGCAACCUCCAGCGUACCCUUCAUCGGACAUCCCGCCGCAAUAUCUUCCACCACUUCACAACGUCAUACACAGUGCUCCCGGUGCAGCAGGAACCGCCACCUGGGAGCAGUGGUGUGCAGGUAGACGAAGAAGACGCCACGUCCCUGCCCGAGGCGCACACCAAUUGGACGUACAAGCUAGAAGUGAAGCAACAGCCGGCCCGAGCACGCAUGUGCGGCUCUGGAGAAAGGGACCGAAGACCACUUUCACCGCCGCCGUGCAUACGACUGGCCAUCUUCGAUCAGGACGGUCUCGAGAUCAAUUACGACAACAUCGACCCUUCCCUGUUCAUUAUUCUCGUCGAUUUAUGGAACGUGGACUGUACACAAGAGAUGAAUCUCACUUCUGCGGUGACGAACUCUACCAAUGAUUCGGGGAUCACCACACCAUCCACAACGUACAUGCCCCUUGGGAACGAGCCGGCGUCUCUAGGCUACCAAAACCCCGCGCAGGCUUCAAUGCGAGACGUCACGUAUGGCGGACAUCAAUCCAAUGGCUAUCCUGCAACAGAAUACGCAAUGCAACCCAACCCCGUGGAUGUGACUGCGUUUAUCCUUCGAGACACGGAACAGCGGCCUGGCGUCUGGUUCAUCCUUCACGAUCUGAGCAUUCGCCAUGAAGGGUUCUACAGACUGAAAUUCUCCGUUGUUCACAUGCUUAGACCUGGCGCUAGGCACAAACAGGAAGCCAACAUCACCAAAGAGCGAACACCCAUCCUCGUGUCGUGCUUCAGUCAAGCAUUCCAGGUCUGGUCCGCGAAGAAGUUCCCAGGCGUGAAGAAAAGCACUGCCCUAAGUAAGGUAUUUUCUGAUCAAGGGAUCAAGAUACCCAUUCGGAAAGGUGGCGAGGGUAGCGACGACGAAAACCAAGCUGAAUAA